GUGGCUGCUUUACUCCAAGCCUUUCUUUGAUGACGAUCCCUACGUUCUGGAGCCAGGCGGGUACCCCAAUUUGAAGGCGUGGGGAGCAAAGGAGCCGUCCAUCUGCUCCAUGCACCCCAUCAGGCUGGGCUGCCCCGUCGUGGAGAGACCUGGUGAGCCUCAGGUGCUGAUCUAUGAGGCUGCAGCUUUCCAGGGCUGCAGCUUCACCGUCAGCAGAGACAUCUACGACCUGAGGGGCCUGCCCGAGGCAGCCCUGCCCACCGUGGGCUCCCUGCGUGUCCUGGGGGGCUGCUGGGUUGGCUACGAGAAGGAGGGAUUCCGUGGCCACCAGUACCUGCUGGAGGAAGGGGAGUACCAGGACUGGAGGCACUGGGGCGGCUACAGCCCGGAGCUGGUGUCCCUGCGGCUCAUCCGGACGGAUUUCUCAGAGCCAGCCCUGGUGCUGUUUGAGGCCAUGGACUUCGAGGCGGGCGCGAGCGUGGAGCUGAGCGAGGCGCUGCCCGACACGGGGCUGGCUGGUUAUGGCAGCGUCACACAGUCCAUCCACGUGCUGAGCGGGGUCUGGGUGGCCUACGAGGGCCCCAACUACUCCGGGGAGCAGUACAUCCUGGAGAAGGGCGUGUACCGCAGCUGCGAGGACUGGGGUGCCACCGACUGCCACAUCGCCUCUGCACAGCCCAUCCUGCAGGUCAGGGAACACAACCUGCACUUCGUCUCCAAGAUCCUGCUUUUCUCAGAGCCGGAUUUCCUGGGGGACCACGUGGCCUUUGAGGAGGACCAGGGUGCCCUGCCCGAAGCCUUCACCCCGCGCUCCUGCCGAGUCCGUGGGGGCAGCUGGAUCCUGUUCGACGGGCAGGACUUCACUGGGGAGCAGCACGUGCUGUCCGAGGGCGAGUACCCCACGCUCAGUGCCAUGGGCUGCCUGUGCUCCACCGCCAUCUGCUCCUUGAGGAAAGUUCCGCUGUUUUUCUCGGAGCCCUCCAUCUUCCUGCACGGCCUGGAGUGUUUCGAGGGGAAGGAGAUCGAGCUCAACGCUGAGGUGCGGAGCCUGCAGGCCGAGGGUUUCAACAACCACGUGCUGUCCGUGCGGGUCAAAGGAGGGAUCUGGGUGCUGUGUGAGCACGGUGAUUUCCGAGGGCGGCAGUGGCUGCUGGACUGCACUGAGAUCACCAACUGGCUGACCUACAGCGGGCUGCAGCACGUGGGCUCCCUCUACCCCAUCCGCCAGAGAAGGGUCUAUUUCCACAUCAGGAGCAGGGAGCUGCAGCUCCUCCUCUCGGUGCCCGACGACGUGGAGGACAUGAAGGCGGGCAGGGUGGUGGUGUCCAGCCUGAGCGAGCAGAGCAGCUCAGUGUGGUACUACGAGGACGGGCUGAUCAAAAACCAGGUGGCCCCCACCAUGAGCCUGCAGGUGAUCGGGCCGGCGGGGAAAGGCGCCAAGGCCGUGCUCUGGUCCGAGACGCGGCUGCCGCGGCAGACCUGGAGCGUGGACAGCCAGGGACGGAUCCACAGCCAGAUGUUCGAGGACAUGGUGCUGGACAUCAAGGGCGGCCGCAGCUACGACCGGGACCACGCCGUGGUGUGGGACAUGGCUGAGGAGCGACCCACGCAGCUCUGGGACAUCCAGGUGCUCUGA